GGAAGUGGUUACAUGGGGCGGUUAGAUACACAUGAAAGUCAUUCUACCGGCAAAAACCAGAGGCGAGACAAAAUUGACAAAAGCUCCGUAUUUAUCUUCCUGUUGUUAGUUUGUUACAGUAGAACGUUAUAGUGCGAUGUUAGAUUUGAUUCUGAAUGUGUAUUGCUAUCAUACCUCAGCCAUUAGUCAGUAAAGCUAAAGGGCUAGCUAUAGUAACCGUAACGUUACAGUAGCUAACGUUAGCUAGGUUACAUUAGCUAAUUUACUUGUAGUUACAUCAGAAUAGGGCUUGGCAAUCUUACCCCAGCAUUGUCAUCAUGAUACGAACAGGAGGAGUGCAGCAGAUGGCCAGGGGACUAUGCCAAAUAAUGGGACGUGAAAUCUCAAAGGGAAAUUUCAACACCAACAUCAGACAAAUGACUCCAAGAGGGACUCUCCAGCUUCCCUGGUCCUCUAUCAACAGUGUCCGAACCAUGGCGGUGCUGCCCUGGCCUUUCUCUUUCCAGCCACGGGACUUCAGCCUGCCCAACUCGUCCUGGGGCUCCGACAUGAGGCGUUUGUAUGAGCACUAUAACAGCCAGUGUGAGGUAGAGACAGAUGACGGAGAGAAGAAGUGGGGGGUCUGGAGAAGACUGCCCAGCUAUAACCGCUCCCUCAAGUAUGCCACAGGUGGGGUGUAUUUGAGUAAGAUCAUUCAGUCGAAGGCACGUCUGUUCACGCGGAACAUCAGGGAGCAGGGAGCAGGGUUCGAGUACGUCGUGUUUGUCAACAAGCAGGAGCAGAAGUGUGUGUGUGUGUUCCAGGCUGGCCACCUACUGGAGGGACCCCCGGGGCACGUCCAUGGGGGGGCAAUAGCUACCAUGAUUGACACUGUAACGGGGACCCACGCCACCUACCUCUCUGGGCCUGUCAUGACUGCCAACCUCAACAUCAACUACCGCAGCCCCAUCUCAUUGGGUAGUACAGUGCUGCUCACCUGCUCAUUGGAUAAGAAGGAGGGACGGAAAACCUUUGUUUCUUGUCAAGUGACCAACACAGACAGCUCCAAACUACACACAGAGGCCACAGGGCUGUUUCUGUCAAUCACAAUGGGACACCUAUUAGGAGGAUGAUGGAUAGGCCAGCUCAUCGACCAACCAGACGCUACAAACACACAACAUCAGAAACAGCACUGACUUCCAAGGGGGUGUGUUUCUAUGCACACAAAUGUGUAUAUCAGUACCUGGGUGUGGGAGUGUGUAUGCUUGAGUGUGGGAGUGUGUAUGCUUGAGUGUGGGCGUGUGUAUGCUUUAGUGUGGGAGUGUGUAUGCUUGAGUGUGGGAGUGUGUAUGCUUGAGUGUGUGUGUGUGGUUCUGACUGUCAGAUCCAGUAAUCUUCUUAACUCUAGCAGUUUGCCUGAGACACCUGAUGCCUUGUGCUCCACUGACAUACCCUACAGAUACUGUAUAUGGAUAUUGUACCUCUCUUUCUCCACUGUUACACACUCCUGGACAACCGGCUCCAGUCAGAGUGAAGCUCAUAACCUCUGGUAUAUUAUAUUCAGGUCGAGGCUGUGAAUACUUUUCUGAACCCUUCUUCCCGACAGCUAAAGGUCCCGACACUUCUGCAUGUGCAAGAGUCUCUACUUUACGCACCUCUCUGCACAUUUCUCAGUCAAUUGUGACUGAUAAUCUUCAUGUUUUACCGGUGAAACGUCCAUGCAGCAUCUGCAUACCUGUGUCUAGUUUCAAUCAUAGGACAUACAGUGCCUUGCGAAAGUAUUCGGCCCCCUUGAACUUUGCGACCUUUUGCCACAUUUCAGGCUUCAAACAUAAAGAUAUAAAACUGUAUUUUUUUGUGAAGAAUCAACAUCAAGUGGGACACAAUCAUGAAGUGGAACGACAUUUAUUGGAUAUUUCAAACUUUUUUAACAUAUCAAAAACUGAAAAAUUGGGCGUGCAAAAUUAUUCAGCCCCCUUAAGUUAAUACUUUGUAGUGCCACCUUUUCCUGCGAUUACAGCUGUAAGUUGCUUGAGGUAUGUCUCUAUCAGUUUUGCACAUCGAGAGACUGACAUUUUUUCCCAUUCCUCCUUGCAAAACAGCUCGAGCUCAGUGAGGUUGGAUGGAGAGCAUUUGUGAACAGCAGUUUUCAGUUCUUUCCACAGAUUCUCGAUUGGAUUCAGGUCUGGACUUUGACUUGGCCAUUCUAACACCUGGAUAUGUUUAUUUUUGAACCAUUCCAUUGUAGAUUUUGCUUUAUGUUUUGGAUCAUUGUCUUGUUGGAAGACAAAUCUCCGUCCCAGUCUCAGGUCUUUUGCAGACUCCAUCAGGUUUUCUUCCAGAAUGGUCCUGUAUUUGGCUCCAUCCAUCUUCCCAUCAAUUUUAACCAUCUUCCCUGUCCCUGCUGAAGAAAAGCAGGCCCAAACCAUGAGAGGCAGGCCCAAUUUUAACCAUCUCUAGUAGAACAGAGACUGUGUGUAAAGAAGCUUCGGGACCUUUAGCCGUCGGAAUGAGGGGUCUAGAAAAGUUGGAUCCACAGCCACUCCGAUAUAUUUCAUGGAUAGUUUAUUUUUUAUUUAUAUAAUUCUGAAUAAUUUAUUAGGUCUUUUACAGUUUGAGGUUUGAAUCAUUGCUGAUACGUUAUUAUGUGACCAUUAUGACCUCUUGAAUAAAGCUUUACCUCUUGGGUACUGUAGACUGUU